AUGCCUCUAUUCGGUCCAAUUUUCCUAUGGAUUACGGUAAUUUCGGUCUUGAAAGCUUUGGAAGAGCAGAUUUACGUCGCUGAAAAUAACGAGAGCUUGCCGGACGACGUUCGUGGACUGCAUUAUUACGAGUAUCGCAACAAUUUGUUGUAUGUCUUUUUUUUAGUUUUUGCGUUUCGGAAAGCGCACAGUGCGAAGAUUUGAUUUUUUGAUUUUGCACGGUGCAAUUGAAAGAUUCGCCUUUUGCACAGUGCAAAAACAAGAAAAUGCCAUUUUGCACUGUGCGACGCAAAAAUUUGUCGCGAAAUCUUAUGGCACCGUGCAAAAACAAAAUUUCUUGAUUAUGCACAGUGCAAUUGAAAGAUUUGCCUUUUGCACGGUGCAAAAACAAGAAAAUGCCAUUUUGCACUGUGCGACGCAAAAAUUUGUCGCGAAAUUUUAUUUGCACCGUGCGAAAACAAAAUUUCUUGAUUUUGCGCAGUGCAGUUAAAAGAUUUGUCUUUUGCACAGUGCAUUUGAAAGAUUUCUUAAUUAUGCACAGUGCAGUUGGAAGAUAUGUCCUUUGCACAGUGCAAAAACAAGAAAAUUCAAGUUUGCACUGUGUAAACGCAAUGUUUGUCGCCGAAAUGUUAUUGCACCGUGCAAAAAUCUAGUUUCAUGAUCAUGCAUAGUGCAGUUGGAAGAUUUGUCUUUUGCACAGUGCAAAAGCAAGAAAAUUUCAAUUUGCACUGUGCAAUUGCAAAAAUUUGUCGCCGAAAUUUUUAUGCACAGUGCAGCUGAAAGAUUUGUCUUUUGCACAGUGCAUUUGAAAGAUUUCUUAAUUAUGCACAGUGCAGUUGGAAGAUUUGUCUUUUGCACAGUGCAAAAGCAAGAAAAUUCCAAUUUGCACUGUGCAAUUGCAAAAAUUUGUCGCUGAAAUUUCAUUGCACCCUGAAAAAACCCAAUUUCUUGAUUUUGCACAGUGCAAAAACGGAAUCCUUCGAUUGCGACCCCGCUCGAUUGCGACCUCGCAUCGAUUGCGACCCCGCAUCGAUUGCGACCCAAAAUGGGGUAAAGCGACCCCGGGAUGAAAAUUCCUUGAUUCUCUUCGGGAAAAACUUGCUUUAGGGGUUUUCGAGGGUGCUGAUUUCGAAAAUGAUGUUCAUUUUUCCUCUAGUACUACAUAGUGCUGUCUGAUACUAUAUAGUACGAAGUGAAAAUAUCGCUUUUGACGUUAAAUACUCGAAUUAGGGGUUUUCGAGGGUGCUGAUUUCGAAAAUGAUGUUCAUUUUUCCUCUAGUGCUACAUAGUACUGUCUGAUACUAUAUAGUACGAAGUCCAAAUAUGGCUUUUGACGUUAAUGGUGUUGGUUUGAUGCUUAGUACUCUUCAAAAACACGUUUAAAGACUUGGUGCUAUAUAGUACUGUCUGAUACUAUAUAGUACGAAGUCAAAAUAUGGCUUUUGACGUUAAUGCUGUUGUUUUGAUGCUUAGUACUCUUCAAAAACACGUUUUAAAGACUUGGUGCUAUAUAGUACUGUCUGAUACUAUAUAGUACGAAGUGUAAAUUUGGCCUCUAGGCGUUCGUGGUGUUGUUCUGGUGCUUAUUACGCCUAUUUUUACUUCGUACUAUAUAGUAUCAGACAGUACUAUAUAGCACCAAGUCUUUAAACGUGUUUUUGAAGAGUACUAAGCAUCAAACCAACACCAUUAACGUCAAAAGCCAUAUUUGGACUUCGUACUAUAUAGUAUCAGACAGUACUAUGUAGUACUAGAGGAAAAAUGAACAUCAUUUUCGAAAUCAGCACCCUCGAAAACCCCUAAACCGAGUAUUUAACGUCAAAAGCGAUAUUUUCACUUCGUACUAUAUAGUAUCAGACAGUACUAUGUAAUACUAGAGGAAAAAUGAACAUCAUUUUCGAAAUCAGCACCCUCGAAAACCCCUAAAGCAAGUUUUUCCCGAAGAGAAUCAAGGAAUUUUCAUCCCGGGGCACGGCAACCCAGGGAGUCUCCCGCCUCGUUUCGGCGCUUCGCCCACCUAGUAUCGGUUGAAUUCAAACGAAAUGUCAAAAAUGAAUUUUUCGUGCGGGUUUCCGACCGAAAAACAUUUUUCUCGGAAUUUUUUUAUUUCUCUUGUGAAUUUUGACAAUUCGUUUGGACGAAAUUCAAAAGUGGGCGGGAGACAUUUUUGUUCUAUUCUGGGUUGCCGUGCGGGGUCGCUUUACCCCAUUUUGGGUCGCAAUCGAUGCGGGGUCGCAAUCGAUGCUGGGUCGCAAUCGAUGCGGGGUCGCAAUCGAUGGAAUUCUGCAAAAACGAUGUUGUUUUUUUGCACAGUGCAAGUGAAAGAUUUGCCUUUUGCACAGUGCAAAGGCAAGAAAGUUCCAUUUUGCACUGUGCAAGCGCAAAGUUUGUCGCCGAAAUGUUAUUGCACCGUGCAAAAAUCUAGUUUCAUGAACAUGCACAGUGCAAAAAACAGAUUGUUUUUUGCGCACAGUGCAAAUUCAUGAGAUUUCCAGUUCGCACCGUGCGAUCGGAAAAUUCGUCGCAGAAAAUUCAAAUGCACUGUGCAAUUGAAAGAUGAUUUCUUUGCACUGUGCAAUUCAUGAGUUCAACCGUUUCGCACUGUGCAAUCUCAAAACUUGUCGCAAAAAAGGUCCUUUGCACUGUGCGAAACCCAAAUUUCACUUUUGCACAGUGCAGCCGAAACAUUUUGUCGCGCUCAAUUUUGCACUGUGCAAACAAAUUUUUCUCAAAGGGUUGCACUGUGCAAUCACCAAAUUUUCCCGUUGCUUCAGAGAAACAAAUCUCUCAACAUCCGAAAUUCGAUUUUAUGGGAAAGCGAUGAACGAGAGCGAAAAGCUGGAGAUUAUUUUCAAUGUUCCGAAGAAUUUGGACACGUCCACAUGUGAAGACGAUUUGUAAGUCCUUGGUCGAUAUUUUAUUUUUACUAUUUUUAGAUCUUACAAGGUCUGGGUGCAAAUUGGCGCCUGUUCUUUCAAACUCAUUUACUUCUGCGAUUCGCAUUUUGGUAAGUUUACGGUAAUAUAAUAGUUUUAUUAUGAUGCUUCCUAAACGUUCUAUUUUAUUGCAAUGUGCAAUUCGUAGUGGAAAAAAAUCCGCACAGUGUGAUUUUUUGUUCAAAAAAUUUUGCACAGUGCGAUUUUUUCAAUCACAAAAUUAUGCGCUGUGCGACUGUUUUGGCCCUAAAUUUUUUGCACUGUGCAUUUUUUUGGGCUUUAAAAGUUCGCACAGUGCACCUUUUUAAACUUCAAAAUUUCGCACAGUGCACUUUUUUAAACGUCAAAAUUUAGCACUGUGCAGUUUUCAUGACCCUAUAAUUUUGCACUGUGCAGUUUUUGAGUCUUCAAAUUUUCGCACUGUGCAAUUUUUUAGACUUCAAAAUUUUGCACAGUGCACUUUUCUAAACUUCAAAAUUUCGCACAGUGCAAUUUUUUUGGACUUCCAAAAUUUCGCACCGUGCAGUUUUCGAGACAUCAUAAUUUUGCACAGUGCACUUUUCUAAACUUCAAAAUUUCGCACUGUGCAUUUUUUUGGACUUCCAAAAUUUCGCACUGUGCAAUUUUUUGGACUUGCAAAAUUUCGCACCGUGCACUUUUCUAAACCUCAAAAUUUCGCACAGUGCACUUUUUUAAACUUCAAAAUUUCGCACUGUGCAAUUUUUUAAACUUCAAAAUUUCGCACUGUGCAAUUUUUUGCACUUCAAAAUUUUGCACAGUGCACUUUUCUAAACUUCAAAAUUUCGCACAGUGCACUUUUCUAAGCUUCAAAAUUGUGCACUGUGCAGUUCUCGAGACCCUAUAAUUUCGCAUAGUGCAACAGUAAUACUCUCAAAAACACGCACAGUGCACUUUUUUAAACUUCAAAAUUUCGCACUGUGCAAAAAUAAAUUUUUUUUCUAAAAAUCCCAAAAUAACGUCAAGAAUCAUCUUCAAUUUUAGUAUUCGAAGGUCGACAGCUUAAAAAAGAAAUGAAGACAUUGGAAUACGCAGAUUCCGUGGACCUAUUUGUCGAAAUGAAGCCGACAGAUUGCGGAAACAACGCCGAAUUGGACAGAAUUUUGACAACUGAGGCGCUGAUUCAAAUACGAGUCACCGAUUUCAACGCCGGGUUUAAGGUCAAAUUGGUGAGAAAUUUGAAUAUUUAAAUUUUUUUUCAAAAUUAAAAUUUUUAAUUUUUAAAAAAUAAUUUUUCAAAUUUCAGCGUUUUUACUACAUCGCUGCAACCGAAAUCAAACAGGAACCGAUCGAAUAUUACAUUAGCAUGCAAGUGAAAAAAAAAUUUUCCAAAAAAAAUCAAUUUUUCUCCAAAAAUUUGUCUAAAAUAAUUUAAAUUUUUCAGAAUUCUGACCUCAGCUAUAGUUGUAGUACCUCUACUAUUCGUAUGCGCCGCUAUUUUAUACGAAAGUUGGCCAAUUUUCCCGGAUUUUUUUGGAAAAUCUCAAAAAAUCCCGCAGCCGGCUAAAAAAUCCGAACAUGACGAAUUUAUCCCCGAGCCUACUGAACACACGACUGGUUAA